CAAGCUUAAAAAAACCUAAAAAGAAAAAAACAGAUGGACAGAGAACUCUCCCUUUGCUGGGCUGGUCUCGGACUGGGUGCAUGGACUAGUCCUACUUCCUACACUUUAGGAUCUAAAUAGCUCGUCAGCCGCUUAUCGAGCUCUCUGCACCUCACCCAUCACCCUCUGAUCAUCUGAUCUUCUCCUUCCACUCUCUCUUUCUUCCCUCCCUUGCCCAACUUCUUCCUCUCCCCCUUCUUUCAAUUCAAGCUUUCCUUUACACUCCUCAUCCCCCCUACAUAUUAAUCCAGCUCACAGUCUGCCUUACACUACUAGUUCGACAGUCCUUCUACCUACUCUGAUCUUCUCUCUGUCCCCCCUUCUUGUUGCAAACUCCCUCAUAAUACUGUACCUUUCCUCGUAGUUUUGUCUGGUUCUUGUGCUUUCUUUUUUUUUUCUUCUUCUAAAAAAAAACCACACCGAUAUCGAAAAAAAAUUAAAGAAAGUUAUCUGAGUGGGCUUGGAUUCCAAAAAAAACAACAACAACAAGGUCAAGGUCAAGUCCAACCAAGAAAGCAGUUCACCGCUCAAGGUCUAAUCGCACAUCUCGCAGUCGGGCUACAAAUCUCUAGACGGAUACAAUCAUAGAUUGGCCGACGAGACAGCCUUGGGACUAUUUAAACCGGCCUACGACUUAUCUCCGUGUUUGUUUGUUUUCGUUUAUCCCACCACCACCACUCCUAUCAUCCGCUGUUUUUUGCCUCCUUCAUCUUGAAUUGAUUAUCAUCAAAACCAUCCGAAGCUGGUCUUCUUCAUAUCUUUAUAUCCCGUCCAAACUUCUGACUCACCUCAUCAUCCCUCUCCAAAAACUAUCGAUCUUCUAUCCCCCCCCCCCCCUGCUCCAUCCAAUAAAACAGGCUCCCUUCCUCCUCCAUCCACCCAUCCGUCUCUCUUCAACCGCCCCCUCUCAAAAAAAAAAGAAACAUCCUACCUUGAAGCAGUUUAUUAAGUAUACUCCCCACAUUCCCCCUCCAACCCAGAAAACAAGAAUGCAACCAAUCACCGCGAUGUUCUGUCUCCUCAGCGUGGCCGCGACGAUGCUUCUCCUUGCCGAAAGCAAGCCGGUGAUGCCGCCGUUUGUGGCGCAUUCGUAUGUCCGUUUGGGCGGACGGGACGAGGCGCGGGGCAACAAGAGCGACGAGAAUGCGGUGGCGUUCACGAGCUGUAAUGCGGACGGCUACGAGAUCCAUGGGGUCGUUAAUGCGAUGACCAUCACGCCUUGUCAACGAUCCUCCGCCAACGAUCAAUGCACUUUCAUCAGGGGCAGAAACUACACCAUCGAGCUCGACUUCCUGUCCUACCUCGACUCCCAGAACCCCAGGAGCUCGAUCGUCGCUGGUGACCCCAAGGAAGGACCCUACGCCUACUCUGGCCAAAGCUUCGCCGCUUGCAAGUACACCAAUUGUCCGAUCCAAGCCAAUGUAGCAUCGACAUAUGUAUACCAUUUCCAGACCCUAGCCUCUGACUUCAACUAUCUCACCUUCAACGUCACCAAUGACUUCUUUGGGCCCAGCUUGUUCUGCGCCGGCACGCCUGUCAACUUCCAGCAACAGGCUUGACCAGCUCCUCCUCACUCUUGUUUUCGCCCCUUCAAAGACCCCGCUCCAUUGGCGCCCCCCCCCCCCCCUAAAAAAACUCAUUUAAUUACCCGGCUCUCGUCGCUCUUAUCUCUGCUUCGACACUCCCUUCGUCGAAGAAAGGACAGUUUCUUUUUUUUCUUCUCCUCUUGUCACUCCCGCUCUCAUCCAAAUUGUUCUCCCCGUCUCUAUGAUCUUAUGAAGUGAAGUACCCCCCCCUGCCCUCCUAUUGACCUUAAUUAAUAAUAAUAAUAUGUUUUUUUUUUCUUUGAUGUUUCCUGUUUUGUUUCUUUGAUGUGUUUGAUCAUGAAUCUAUCUGUCGUGUUCCUUUUUCCAUUUUUUCUUUUGUUAUGAAAGGCUCUUGGGAAACAAACAGAGAGAGAGAGAGGGAGGAAGGUAUAAGAGUGAGUGGCCAG